GUUGGCGCCUGCGCAGUAGCCUCGGAGCGCCCAGUCCGGGAUGGCGGCGGUUUUGGAGUCGCUGCUGCGAGGAGAGGUGUCGGUCGCGGCCGCCGUGCGGUGGGUCGCGCGCAGCACCCGGAGUUCGGAGGACAGCUCCGCCGAGGCGGCCGCGCUGAACUCACUCCGGCCUCUGCGGAAGGAAUUCGUGCCGUUCCUGCUGAACUUCCUGAGGGAGCAGAGCAGUCGCGUCCUCCCACAGGGUCCCCCUACCCCCGCCAAGACCCCGGGCGCCUCAGCAGCCUUGCCAGCCAGGCCGGGUGCCCCGGUGCGGGGCGGCCGCGGGGCGCGCAGCCAGCUCUUCCCUACGGCCGAGCCCCUCAGCACCGCGGUCGAGGGCGCUCUGGCCCGUCGUGGGGGCCGCAGGCGGGGACCGGGGCCAUCCCGCGAACGUGGAGGACGGGGUCUCGGAGGCCCAGAGGAGGGGGCCAGCGGCGAGAGCCUGCCCUGGGCCGGGGCUCGGAGGCCUAGGGGCUCAGGCAGCCCCGGUAGCCCCAGGCUCUGUGAUCCACCAAACCUCAGCAACUUGGAGGAGUUCCCUCCUGUAGGCACGGUACCUCCUGGCCCUGCAAGCAGGACAAAGCCUUCUCGGAGGAUCAACCCAACUCCGGUGAGCGAAGAGCGGUCACUUUCCAAGCCCAAGACCUGCUUCACCUCACCCCCAAUCAGCUGUGUCCCCAGUUACCAACCCUCAACCCUGGACACUAGCCCCUGGGGCCUUGGCCUUCCCCAAGGGUGCAGAAGUCUGCAAGAGGAGCGGGAGAUGCUCAGGAAGGAGCGCUCUAAGCAACUGCAGCAGGCACCUACCCCUGCUUGUCCUGUCCCAGAAUCUGGGUCUUCCAUCCCCAGCCGGACAGGAAGUCUCACAGCAGAACCUGCUGACCCUGCCAGAGUGUCUUUUCGUCAGCGCUUGGAGCUGGUAGCCCUUAUCUACUCUUCAUGCAUUGCUGAGAACCUGGUCCCAAACCUUUUCUUGGAGCUUUACUUCGUCAUUCAGCUCCUUACUGUCCGGAGAAUGGUGGCCACCAAGGACAGUGACUUUGAAUCAAGUCAGGGUGCCUUAGAUUCUCUGGAAACACCCCUGUUCCAGAGCAUCCACGAUUGUGUCUUCUUUGCAGUACAGGUUUUGGAGCAUCAGUUUCAAGUUCUUUCCUACCUGGACAAAGGGACCUUAAAACUUCUGGCAGAGAAUGAGCGGCUGCUGUGUUUCUCACCAGCUCUGCAAGGUCGCCUUCGAGUUGCUUUCGAGGGCAGUGUUGCCAAGGUCUCUCUGAUGAUACCACCCUCUGCUCAGGCUGUCUCAUUUCAACCAGAAACCGACAAUCGUGCCAACUUCUCCAGUGACCGAGCCUUUCAUACUUUUAAAAAACAGAGGGAUGUGUUCUAUGAGGUGCUUCGAGAAUGGGAAGAUCACCAUGAAGAACCCAGUUGGGAUUUUGAGAAGGGGUUAGGUAACAGGAUUAGAGCCAUGAUGAGUCAACUUUCAGCAGCCUGCAGCCACAGCCACUUUGUUCGGCUUUUCCAAAAACAGCUUCUCCAGAUGUGUCAGAGCCCUGGCGGUGCUGGAGGUAUGGUCUUGGGUGAGGCUCCAGAUGUGUUGAAUAUGCUAGGAGCUGACAAGUUGGGGCGGUUGCGACAACUACAAGAACGACUUGUAGCCCCUCAGAGCAGUGGAGGACCUUGCCCACCCCCUACCUUCCCAGGCUGUCAAGGCUUCUUCAGGGAUUUCAUCCUGAGUGCCAGCAGCUUCCAGUUUAAUCAGCAUCUUAUGGAUAGUUUGAGCUUGAAGAUCCGGGAGCUCAACAGCCUUGCCUUGCCUCAGCAUGAGCCUGGUGAUGAAGAUGGAGAAUCAGAUGUGGACUGGCAGGGUGAACGGAGACAAUUUGCUGUAGUACUUCUUAGCCUCAGACUUUUGGCUAAAUUUCUGGGCUUUGUGGCUUUCCUGCCAUACCGAGGGCCUGAACCACCUCCAACCCGUGAGCUUCAGGACUCCAUUCUGGCCCUCAGGAGUCAGGUCCCUCCUGUUCUGGAUGUACGGACUCUACUGCAGCAGGGGUUGUGGGCCCGCCGGGCAGUGCUCACUGUGCCCUGGCUAGUGGAGUUCCUUUCCUUUGCUGACCACAUUGUCCCCUUGCUGGACUAUUACCGGAGUGUCUUUGCUCUCCUGCUGCACUUGUAUCGGAGUUUGAUCUUAUCACAAGAGAAUGAAGGGGAGAUGUGCUUCCUGAACAAACUGCUCCUGCUUGCUGUCCUGGGCUGGCUUUUCCAGAUACCCACAGUCCCUGAGGACUUAUUCUUUCUGGAAGAGGGUCCAGUGGAUGCCUUUGAGGUAGACAUACCUGCUUCAGAGCGUGGUUUGGACAGUGUGCCUGUUGUGGACCAGCAGCUGCUGUAUACCUGCUGCCCCUACAUCGGAGAGCUCCGGAAAUUGCUGGCUUCAUGGGUUUCGGGCAGCAGUGGACGAAGUGGGGGCUUUGUGAGGAAAAUCACCCCUACCACCACCACCAGUCUGGGAGCCCAGCCUCCCAAGACCAGCCAGGGGUUGCAGGCUCAGCUUGCCCAGGCCUUUUUCCACAACCAGCCACCGUCCCUGCGCAGGACUGUGGAGUUUGUGGCAGAAAGAAUUGGAUCAAACUGUGUCAAACAUGUCAAGGCUACUCUGGUGGCAGAUUUGGUGCGCCAGGCAGAGGUACUUCUUCAGGAGCAGCUGGUGACACGGGGACAGGAAGUGGGAGAUCCAGCCCAGCUGUUGGAGGUCCUGUGUUCUCAACUGUGCCCCCAUGGGUCCCAAGCAUUGACCCAGGGACGAGAGUUCUGCCAACGGAAGAGCCCCACAGCUGUGGAAGCACUGCUUCCAGAGGAGACCCCAGCCGCUGUUCUAAGCAGUGCAGAGAAUAUUGCUGUGGGGCUUGCAACAGAGAAAGCCUGCUCUUGGUUGUCAGCCAACAUUACAGCGCUGAUUAGAAGGGAGGUGAAAGCAGCUAUGAGUCGCAUGCUACGAUCCCAGGGUCCUGAGCCGGCUGCCCGGGUGGAGCGGAGGGGCUGCUCCCGAGCCUGUGAGCACCAUGCUCCCCUCCCCUCCCACCUCAUCUCCGAGAUAAAAGAUGUGCUCUCCCUGGCUGUGGGGCCCCGGGACCCUGAGGAGGGAGUUUCCCCAGAGCAUCUGGAGCAACUCUUAAGCCAGCUGGGCCAGUCACUGCAGUGCCGCCAGUUCCUGUGUCCAACUGCUGAGCAGCAUCUGGCCAAGUGCUCUGUGGAGUUAGCAUCCCUCCUGGUUGCAGACCAGAUUCCCAUCCUAGGGCCUCCAACACAGCACAGGCUGGAGCGAGGACAGGCUCGAAGGCUUCUGCACAUGCUGCUUUCCUUGUGGAAAGAGGACUUCCAGGGGCCAGUUCCACUACAGGUGCUACUGAGCCCAAGAAAUGUGGGGCUUUUGGCAGAUACUCGGCCCAGGGAGUGGGACCUGAUGCUGUUCCUGCUUCGGGAGCUGGUAGAAAAGGAUCUCAUGGGACGGUUGGAGAUAGAGGCCUGCUUUGGCAGCCUUCGUGAAGCCCAGUGGCCAGGGGAUUUCUCAGAAGAAUUAGCAACACUGUUUCGCCUGUUCCUAGCUGAGCCUCAUCUGCCAGAACCUCAGCUGAGAGCUUGUGAACUGGUGCGACCAAACCGGGGGACAGUGCUGGCCCAAAGCUAAGGCUGAGAAGUAGCCCUGCUUGGCAUCUCACCAGAACCUGCCUUCUGUGCCUCAGGAGGAGGCUCAAGAGCCACUGCAACCCUUGCUGGGGCAGGAGUAGCCAGGUUUGUAAUCAGGCUUGCUGCUCAUAUGUGAAGGAAGGGUGUUGCUAAGGAGCAUCCCACGGACUGGAGGCUCGCCACCCGAGUCCUAGAGGAAGGAGAGCCUGAUUCAGGGUUACAGUGGAAAAGCCUAGAGACUCCAGUUCUGGAGCAGAAGGGUUAGCAUCCAAGGGAUUUCUCCCUUAGAUGCUAAAUGAAAUACGUGUGGGCUGGUCAGUGGGUUUUCAAGCCUCAACUUGCUGCUAUCCCAAUCUCUUAAAACUGUGGUUCUGGGAAAUCAUGACAGUGGCAAAGGACUUCUGCUUAACUUGUGAGGAAAAUUAGCAAAACAUGGAUUUGGAAGUCUACAUUUUCUCGCCACCAGGAGUUGGCCUUCCACCUCCUUAAAUAUUCACAGCAGAUAAGGUAGGACUUACCUGAGUGAAACUUAGUCUUACCAUGGCCCUUCACCUCUGUGGCUGGUAGUCAGUCUUCAGACCUUGUCUCUAUUCAGGGACCAAGCACAGAGUAGAAAAUUAAAAGUUUGGGUUUUUUUAAAAUAAAACUUUGAAACAAGG